UUUUGUCAAGGCCGGUUGGUUGAAUGUACUCACUACUCUGUGGUUGUAUUGUGAGAACGAAUACACUUCCAGCUGGCCAGUGCUCAAUGUGUAUUGUUACCAACUUACCAGUAUUGUUAAGGAGAUUGUGAUAAUGUCGGGCCAACAAGAUAAGGAUUCGGAGUUCGAUGAGCAACUCCUACUACCGUUCACCUACGUGUAUCAGAUGCCAGGUAAGGCGAUGCGUAAACGCAUCGGAGAGUCGUUCAACCAUUGGCUACACGUGCCUCAGGAUAAGUUGGAAGAAGUAAUCGAAAUUGUUGGAAUGUAUCACCACUGCACCCUUAUUGCGGAUGAUGUUCAAGAUAACACCAAGCAUCGUCGAGGUAUACCUGCAGCUCACACCGUGUAUGGCAUGCCAAUAACUGUGAACGCAGCAAAUCAUGUCAUGAUGUUAGUUUUGGAAAAAUGUAUGCAACUACAUGAAAAGGGGGCGUUAAUAUUUCGCGAGCAAACAAUACAAAUGCUCAGAGGUCAAGGCAAAGAGAUAUAUUGGCGAGACAAUUUUAUAUGCCCUACCGAAGAUCAGUACAUGACACAUUUGACACAGAAAACUGGUGACAUGUUCCUCUUCUGCUUCCGUUUGCUACAACUCUUCAGUGAUUCGACGAUAGAUUACUCUGGCUUCGUGCGAAAACUCGGGAUGUAUUUUCAACUCAGAGAUGACUACUGUAAUAUUUGUCAGCCUAAGGCUCUGGAAGAAUGCUCACCAGUUACAAAUGAAAACGCGGGUGAAUUUUACGACGACUUAACUGAGGGUAACUUUACGUUGCCGAUUAUCCACGCUGCCAAUACUGCCGGCGGAAAAAUUGUCUUAAAUAUAUUAAGGCAAAAGACUCACGACAUUUCACUGAAGAAGUAUUGCAAGUCUCUGUUAGAACAAGGUGGCAGUCUGCAGUACACGCGGGAUGUCAUGAACAACCUCGACUACAGCUUGCGAGAUGAGAUUGCUCGGUUCGGAGGUAACCCGCCGCUUGUGGCUGUUUUGGAUGAAAUGCUGAGUUGGCGCGACGCGUGAUACCUGCCAUUACUUGUUUUUGUCAUUUAAGACUUUAAUUGGUACCUAAAUCAAGGUUCAUUAGUGGAGUGUUCAUUUCGGUGUGGGGAAUGGUGCAAUAUCCAUCUGUGAGAGUCUAAUCUUAAUCUACAGACAUUAAAAGAUCUUAAGUAAAUUA